AUGGCGAAUACUAAAGAAACUCGAGCUGCAUUCGCAGGUCUGAUCGAUAAGCCUGUACUCACUGAUGAACUUCUUGCUCGCCCUCCAUUCAGAUUUAUUCUAGACAUUGUGUCGUCGACAGCAGCAAAAACGGGUUUCUUGAGAGACCGAUUUCCUGUGGAAGCUCUGAAUCCUGCGAAAUUCAAAGAGAAAACUGACAAAACCGCGUUCCUUGACACGCUUAUUGAAGCUGUCAAUGAUGGCUCGCUGGCCACGAUAAAAUCUUCAAAAAUAGUUGCUGGAAAGGAACCGGAACUGACGAAUAUGGUAAUUCAACUUUUCAACAUUUAUUGA